AUGCCCAAAGACCAGCCAUGGCAGUCCAAAGUCAAGGCAGGCUCGACGGCAGUGGGCCAAUUUGUGCGUCGCAGGAUACCGAUCCUCUCCUGGUUGGUGAGCAACCCCGGAUACAAUUGGAAAAAUGACCUCACCCAAGAUCUCUUUGCAGGCGUGACCAUCUCCGCUGUGAUCAUUCCUCAGAGUAUGGCGUAUGCAAUGCUCGCCUCACUGCCUGCUGUCCACGGCCUCUACACCUCCUUGGUCCCUACUGCACUGUAUGCAGUUCUCGGCACUAGCAAGCACAUGUCUACAGGCACCUUUGCUAUCACCUCCUUACUUCUCGGCCAGUUUGCCCACAAGGUCCUCUCUGACCAGGGAUUCGUCGAUGACCUGCUACCCGACGGGGAAUAUCAACGCCGGUAUCUCCCCACUUGUCUCAUGUUGACCGCCGUCGUCGGCGGGGUCCAGAUUUUAUUGAGUAUGGCGCGACUGGGGCGCUGGACUUCUCGACAUCUUUUACCUACCGCCCUGGUCUCUGGAUUCAACACUGCCUCAGCCUUUCAUAUCGGAACUCACCAAUUGAGGCACUGGCUGGGGAUGAAACCUCCACGAGAAGGCGGGGUAUUCGGCAUGAUCAGGAAUUGGAUUUGGAUUGUCCAACAUUUCUGGCAGGACACUGUCUGGCCCUCGCUGGCGAUGGGUCUGGCCGCCAUGAUCUUUAUGUAUAUUCUGCAGCGGAUUGAAUACUGGCGAAGGAGGUCUGACACUGACUUGGUGCCAUUGUACUCAUCGUCACCCGCCCCCUCGGUUGCACUGGCUUCUCCUUCCGUACCAGGACAUCCGUCCGUUCUCUCGUAUUCUGCUCCCAACUCUGGAUCCUCUUACUCUCAACAGGCUUACCGACCAAGCAGCAAUGGAUCAACUCAGAACACGGAUCGACUCAACUCUCAACGCUUACCGAGAGUCACUAGCAACACGAGGCGACCCGGUCAGCGUCGGGAAAGUGUCAUUGUUCCUCGAGCAGUGUCUGAUCAGGCGCUAUUGACAGCACAGGAUGUGGCGUUGCAGGCGCCCUGCCUCGACUAUGACAGCUGCAGUCCAGGAUGGUCACCCAACUUUGGGCCCAACCCUCACGAAGAUCAGCCAGUGCUUCCCAACCUAAAGCUGCCUACCCACUUUUCGCCUCCAAACUCUCGUUCGGGAGCCGAUGGAACCCGUUCUGUUCUUAUUCUGCCAAGCGGGUCGACAUCUCCACAACUCCACAGCCCUACGAGUCCUAGAGUUGCCGGAUUGACCAAUACAGGAGCAGUCGGACAUCGCCAUGAUCGUGGAUCACGGUCUCACAAGCCCUCGCCCAAGGUCCGCCGAUACAAGACCUUUAGGUCUACAACGCCAUCACCAACCUCGCGCGGACCUCAACAUCAUCCUCAGCCCCAUCUUCAGAGUCACCAACAGCAACAGCAGCAGAAGCAGCGUGGAUCCAUGGACUUGCUCAAUGACGAGCGCGAACCGCUCUUGUCUGUCAACAACGGUGGCAAUGGCGCCGGAACAGCGAGUGAGGCUGAGGAGGGCUAUGCGAGUUCGAGUGCCAGCUCUACGCGUUAUGCGAGAACACGACGUUAUCACCCAGAACGCCUUCAGGAAUUUCAGCGCACGGAGUCGACCCAACAGCCUUACUGGAGGGCCUGUAUCCCACAAGUGCACCUGCCGAUUCCCGACAUUUUCAUCUGUGUCGUGGUAUUUACUGUUGCCACGGUGAUUUUCAACUUGGAUACCGAGUACGGGAUCGAGGUCAUUGGCAUGAUCCCUACCGGGCUUCCGACGAUGGCGUGGCCAGGAGCGUACAUAGGCGCCUGGUCGACUCAGGACUGGGCGCCGUUGCUCUGGCCCGGAAUCCUGAUGGCGAUGGUCGUCUAUGUGAUGUCGCUCUCGGUCGCGAAGCAUUUUGGACGCGAAUACGGAUACGAGAUUGAUGCGGAUCAGGAGAUGCUGGCACUCGGCGUCAGUUCUUUGGUCGGAUCCUGCUUUGGUGGAUACGCAUGUACAGGAAACUUGACGCGGUCGGCGAUUCUUGCCCAAUUAGGCGCCAAGACCCCCCUGGCGUCGUUGGUCGGAGCCUUUAUGGUUCUGAUGAGUCUGCUAUGGUUCACGGUGCUGUUUGAGCGGAUCCCCAACACGGUCUUAGCAGCCAUUGUGCUGGUGGCGCUCAAGUCGUUGUUUGCACAUACUAUGGAGGUCAAGCGGCUAUGGCGAGUAGGUCGUCGCAAGGAGGCUCUGAUCUGGUGGACAACAUUUAUUUCGGUGAUUGUGUUCAGCAUUGAGAUUGGUCUUGCGGUCGGCGUCUCAUUGGUUGUAGUUCUGAAGCUGUACAAGCACGGCAAGAAGUGGAAGCGCGUUGCUGGUCGUUACAUCAGGCAUUCGGCGACCUAUCAGCGGAUCAUGCUGAUGCUAGGGCUUCAUAGCCCCCUGUUCACGACUGCGGGACGUGGAUUGUACACCAAUGACGAUGAGGACGACUAUUGA